AUGAAUGGGGCUGACAAAUAUGACUUGGCGUUUGAAAAACGAUUCAAUGUUACAAUAUUUUGUGCAAUAAAGAUGAAUGUUACUCACCAGAAUACAAAGACAGAUGUCCUGUCGCAGGAACAUAAUGAAAUUAAAGAAUCUUUGUCGAAAGAUGAAUUUACCCUAAGUCGCUUGGCAGAAGUAGUUGAGCACUUCGAUCAGAUAAACUUACACGAAUCACUGUUACGUGGUAUCUACGGCUUUGGUCUCGAACGUCCUACAGAUGUUCAGCAACGUGCUCUCAAACCGUGCAUUUUGGGUUACGAUGUGAUUGUGCAGGCACCAUCAGGUAUGGGCAAAACGAUAACCUUCAUCAUUGCAAUUUUACAGCAACUCAACAUGGAGUGCAAAGACUGUCAAGCGUUAAUUCUGGUACCAGCGCGUGAAUUGGCUCAAAAUAUCCGUAGAGUAGUUUUAGCACUAGGUGGACAAAUGAAUGUGACAUAUCAUGCUUGUAUUGGUGGUGCGAAUCUUGGCGAUGAUAUGAAACAGCUUGAAGCAGGUGCGCAAAUUGUUGCUGGCACACCUGGCCGGAUCUAUAAUAUGCUAAAGAGAUCAGUACUCCGCAGCGAAAAUAUCAAAAUGUUCGUAUUGGAUGAAGCUGAUGAACUUUUAUGUCGUGGUUUUAACGAGCAAAUUUCUGAUAUAUUUACGAUGCUGCCAGAAAGAGUUCAGGCCAUUGUUACAUCGGAUACAAUGGCCUUCGAUUUACUCGAAGUUACAGCUAAAUAUAUGAAUGAUCCUGUGAAAGUUCUUAUCAAGAGAGAAGGACGAACGCUCGAAGGUAUUCGUCAAUUUUAUGUUAAUGUUGAACGUGAGGAGAGAAAAUUAGAUAGAUUAUGCGACUUGUUUGGUACGUUAACGAUCACACAAACUGUCAUUUUUUGCAACACACGUCAAAAGAUCGAUUGGUUAACUGAAAAUCUACGUGCACGCAAUUUAGCUGUGUCUGCUUUGCAUCUUGAUAUGGAUGUAAAACAACGUAACGAUGCCAUAAAAGAAUUUCGAACGGGUUCUAGUCGAAUCUUGGUAAGAACAGAUAUGUUUGGAGACGAUACUGAUAUUCCACAAGUCAGUCCUGUUAUCAAUUAUGAUCUACCGACUAAUCGUGAGAGCUAUAUUCAUCGUAUUGGACGUAGUGGCAGAUUCGGUCGAAAAGGUACGGCUAUCAAUUUCAUUACCAAUGAUGAGCAACAAGUAUUACAAAACAUUGAACAAUAUUGUAAUACACGAAUUGAAGAGCUGCCCAUGAAUAUUGCCGAUUUAAUUUAA